GCGAGCAGUUCCGAUUAUUGUCGGACCGGACUGCCGGAAUUCGCUACCGGAAUGACGUGUAUUCCGAUGUACAAAUCGCCAGGGUUCUCCGUUGGAGGACAGCGUGGCGAGGUCAUUGUGGAGAAUGAUGGUGGUCGCAGUUCUUCGUCUAUUGGGAGGGCCAGCGACGAGUCUGCAGCUGGUGGUGAUGCCGACGGUGAAGGUCUGGAACCCUGGAAGUGCAGGGCUCGGCAAUCCAUUUGGAGGACUUGGAGGAGGCUUUGCGGUUGAAGGAGGAGACCUGGUCACUGUCAUUGAAAGUCUUGUUACAAUAUUCUGAUUCUUGGUAGCAUAAAGCUGGUGCUUUCUAUUAAACUUAUGUUCUAUUUAAUUAUUCAAUUCUUUUGGCAGCUUGGACUGUGCAUCAACUCAAUUUUACCUAUUGAAACUGAAAAGCAUUGUAAGCAAAAGUAGUUACCGUUUCCAAAAUGACAGGGUCUGUGCCUCAGCUAAAAAUACAGGAAAUGGUGGCAGUGGCUGAGAACUGGACUAUGGAUUGUCAGCACAAGAUCAUUUAAGGUCUUGUCAACUAAGAGCAUAUUUUUCCAUGGAUACUGCCUAUCCUGAAGUUCCUGUCAAGUUGAUGAAUCAUUUCCAUGCAAUGGACAGAGAACUCUAUUCAAUCCUUGUUUUUGUGCUUGAACGUGAUCCUAAGGUAUCUGUGAUUAUUAUUGCUUUAUGGAUUUGGUUAGAACAUAAUAAAAUCAAUUGUGCUGUGCAAAAAAUCUUGUCAUCAUCGUCCAUAAAAUUGAUCAAUGGGCUUGCUGAUGAAGCUGUGGCCUGCCUUAGAUGCAUCACAGAUGCCAUGUAUCUGUUCUCUUCUGAUGCAAGUGAGGUUUCACUCACUCAAAAAGUCUUGGGAAAGAAGUUGUCUCUGAAUUUCUUUCAUGAAAAUCGGGCCAAGGCAUUAGAUUGGAUCAGAGUGAUUGUGGAGGAUGUUUGUGUCAAGGAAUUGGGCGAUCUCAUGAAUUUGGCCAUGCAACAAAGGUUUGGAGGACUCAAAUUCACAGGUGAGUCAUCUCAAUCGGUGGUGCCUCCCAUGGAUCCCAAGAUACAAAGGUUCGGAGGACUCGGAUUCACAGGCGAGUCGUCUGAAUCAGUGAUGCCUCCUUUACUUAUGGAUGAACCAAAAGAAAAAAAGAAAAAUGUUUGCUACUUUUUCUAAGGGCCAUCCUGUUUUUAAAUGGGAGCUUUGGGGUUACUUCAACAGGAUGUAUGGCGACUGUGUGGAGUCCAUCUCUAUGCAGGUGGUGAAGCCCAAUGAGCAGUCACUUUUUCCCGUGAUUGUCUUCACCUCUUCGGCAAUUGUU